AACGCAUAAAAAUACCGCGAAGUAAUUUUUGCUCAUGAUUAAAGCAUUGAUGAAUAGUUAAUACAUUUAUUAUAAAUAAUAGUGCAACUUUAUCAUGGAUCUUGUUGAAAAAACUUCAAAAAUGUCCAUAAAAAGUAAUGGUGAAAGUAAAAUGGAUCAAAAACGAGAAGAUUAUAUUGAGUGGACAGAAUAUUUCAUGGCAAUGGCAUUUUUGGCGGCAAAGCGUAGCAAGGAUCCACAUUUCCAAGUUGGCGCAUGUGUAGUUAAUAAGGAAAACAAAAUUGUCGGAAUUGGGUAUAACGGAAUGCCUAUUGGCUGUAGUGAUGAUCAAUUUCCUUGGGGAAAAAACACUCCAUCACCUUUAGAUAGUAAAUCUCUUUAUGUAUGCCACGCAGAAAUGAAUGCAAUACUUAACAAAAACUCGGCCGAUGUCAAAGACUGUACCAUAUAUGUAGGUCUCUUCCCUUGUAACGAGUGUGCUAAAAUAAUAAUACAGUCUGGUAUUAGUGAAGUUGUUUAUCUGUCACAUAAGGGCUGGGAUAAACCUAAGUAUGCUGCAUCAAAGAUUAUGUUUGAUGCUGUGGGUGUUAAAUAUUGGCAAUACAAACCAAAAAACGAUAAAAUAGAAAUCAGGUUUACCAACAUCAAUGAGGCGCCAUCAUAAUAAAAUUAUUUAGGAUAGAAUUAUACAAUUAGUAUAAAGAAAUAUACAAUCGAUUACUUAAUAAUAAUAAGACAUAAUUUAAUGUAAUAAGUAUGACAUUGUUUUUAAAUAAAACAGAAAUAAUUUUGUAAAAUAAAAUUUUAUUACUUUAUGUACAAGACGACGGGGUACAAAAUACUCCAAUAAUUGGAAAACAACAAGACCGUAACACAACAUUUUACGCGAAAGUCCCUGAGCAGAACAGGAUGGUGUUUUGGAUUGAAAAAUAUAAAGGAAAAUUAAAAUUAGGAUACAAUGUAUACCGAAAUAUUUUAAAAUCGCCGUUCUGAUGCCAGGAAGACAAAUGUUCAGUUUGAAACACGAAAAGCUAUGUCAAAUGUUGUGAUAUUUUUAGGUAAGAGUGCCUUUCAACAGAUUAUAUUUCAACAAAAACAACAAAAUUAGCUCAAAGCUAUGAAAUCUAUUUAUUUUUAUAUGAGUUCUUGUAUUGUGAAUAGGCACCCUUAUAACAAAUAAUCAUGUUAAAUAUUUCCUAUGAGUAUAAGAAUCAUAAUUUGAAAUUUAAAAUAUCUAAUCGUGUAUAAGACAAGUUGUAACCGAUAUUGACUAACAUUAUGUUAUUAUGUAUAAAUUGUGUAAAAUAAACCACUUUGUUCUAUAUUAUUUUGUGAUUACAAUUCUGAUAAUAUUGCAGUAUCAUAAUAUCAUUGUUUAUUGUCCAAAUAUUAUUCGAGCAUCAAUAUUAUAGUUUUGAAAACAUAUUUUAUGUGAUCAGAGGUGUUAAAAUGGUGCUAAAAUUUGAAAACCAAAUUUCAAAUGAGCAGAUAAUAUAUUUAGACAUUACACAGAUAAUCUUAAUUUUUCUAUCAAAACUAUUAAAGAAAUAUUUUUCUUA